UCCAGAGCCUCGUAGCGGCCAAGCCAGUCGGUUGACACAACCAACGUUCCUGUGCGCCUGUGCCCAAUUUGGAUAUACUAAGUGCAAUUUAUCAAAGAGUUGGAGGCAGAGUUAAGUGUGGAGUAUUGUGUGAUAACUGUGUGACUUAAAAUGCGUACAGAGGGAUCGGUUACAACAACAAGAGAUAAUGGAUAACUUCGAUGGCCCACCAGGGCACUGUCUCAAAGUGGAGAGUCAUGGUGGCCCUGGGAGGUACCUGCCGGCGGCGUCCUCCUACCAUUCCCGACCCUCUUUCUCACCGAAUCAUCGAGAAGCGUCGGCGAGAUCGCAUGAACAACUGCCUGGCCGACCUCAGUCGUCUCAUCCCGACCUACUACUUGAAGAAGGGGCGAGGAAGGAUCGAGAAAACAGAGAUCAUUGAAAUGGCCAUCAAGUACAUGAAACAUCUCCAGGCUCACGCGUGUAAUCAGAUGGAAAACUGUGAGGUAACAACCAAGCAGGAAUGGUCAGGCAAUCAGAUGGAGCAGUUCCACCUGGGCUACCAGGAGUGCAUGUCGGAGACCAUGCAGUUCCUGGUGGAGUCGGAGGGCUUCUUUUCGGGAGACUCCCUGUGCGUGAGGCUCAUGAACCAUCUGACCAAGCACUGCGAAAAGAUCCUCAACAGUGAGGGUUAUGUGAUGAGACAGAACGGAGCGAGUUCAUCCUCGAGCGGCUACCAUGCUAACAGCUCGUCCACUGGAUCGUCCAGCGACGGCAACGGUAAUAGCUCGAGCCAUGCGUCCGAGAGUAAGGACACUCUUGUCACAGAAGAAUCAGCUUACCGUUCAGAGGAACGAACAGGAACGGAUGAACAGGAUGACAAGUCUGGAGCAGCACUUGACAGCACAGCUGGUAUGGGAAGUCAACUCAGGGAAAUCCUUCAACAACAUUCGGGUCCUGGAGGAAGUGGUGAUAGAAGAUGUGGAGGAUAUUCCUCAGGCCUAAGCUCUAAUAAUUCCUCAAGUGGAGAUGAUAGCAGUAGAUUAUACAAGUUUAAAUCCAACAUGAAGCACAGAUUUAGUGCUGAUCUUGAGCAGUCACAUCAAGUGCGGAAGAAGCGUCGUGAUUCAGAAUCCUCUUGUGGUAACUACACUGACUGUGAAAAAGACAGGGUGACCCCAACUGGCCCCAUGUCUCUUCCAAGGCCUGUAGCUCACCAGGAAGCCUUUGCUCAUGAGUCCAAUAAAAUUAUAGAUGGUGGGAGAGACAGCCCUUUGUUGGACAAGAAUCAUGGUUCUCCUUCACCUGUGCCGAAAACAGAGAACCAGGGUGAGAGAAAUACACCAUUGAGGCAAGCUUUAGAGCCUGGCAUAGGAGGAACAGUUCCAAUAUUUGCACUUAACCAGAAUGGAAGCUUUUAUGUACCUCUCACAAUUGACCAAUCAUUAGUUGCACCUAUUAUGUCAGGACUGUCAGAUGUUUCUCCAGUCCUUCACCCAGUUUCUAUAUAUGUAAAUUUUUGUGGAUCAUGUCCAACUGUAACACCAAACAAUAACGUCAAUCAACAAAACAGUAAUCAGGGAACCCCAAUAUUGUCACACCACCCACCAGGAGGGAGACAUAACCUUCCAAACCAUAUCUUUUCUACUGUGAGUAAUUUUGAGUCCGGUGGCUACAAUGGAAGACAUCAGUCUCGUGUAUCUGGAGAGCGAAAAAGACGCGAAGCUGCAAGGCCAGUCACCCAGUAUGAAGAACAUCGUCCAGUAAUUACAAAUAUUAAUGAAAAUCUUGAAAAAAGGGAGCCAGGGGAAGUAGAUAUGAGAGAAUUUCAUGAUGCUCGUGAAACAAGAGACCACCAUCACCAUGAUCAUCCCCAGCGGGAUGUACCACGAGACUUGCCACCACGACAUGACCAGAUCCAUGAAGCAAGAGACACCAGAGAACAGGAACAAGUUCAUGAAGUUCGUGAAAUUAGAAAUCUGAGAAAUAUUCGUGAUCUUCGAGAGGUCAGAGAAAUGAGGGAGAUGCGAGACCCAGCACAAACAGUGCGCGAGUUUAUUGAUGCAAGUAGUGCUUACCCAAAUAACACAGCAUAUUCCCGAACUCACCCACACUGGGCAGCAGCUUAUCAUAUUCAACCCAAAAAAUUAGAAAAUUAUCCUUUUUAUGAAAAAUUGGAUGGAAAUACACAAAAAUGUAUAUAGCUGCAGAUUGCUGGUUUCUGUAUCAGAAAUAUUUUGUAUAGAGUUUGAGUUUCUCUCUCUCUCUCUCUCUCUCUCUCUCUCUCUCUCUCUCUCUCUCUCUCUCUCUCUCUCUCUCUCUCUCUGUCUGU